AUGGCUCCUCCUGCCCCCACCCACGACUACUACGUCACCUUAGAGGUGCUACCAACCGCGCUUCGUGAUGAGAUCAAGGCGUCGUAUCGCCGUCUCGCACGAUUGCAUCAUCCAGAUAAGAACAUCGGAUGUCGAUACGCAACCGCGAAGACCCAGCUCACACAGAUCAAUGCAGCAUGGGAAGUCCUUGGAGACGCAGACAAGCGAGGCGAAUACGAUCGAAGUCGACCACAGCUAAAGGCGCCAUCAUUCGGCAGUCGACCUAGCCCUCAGCCUACGUCCACCCCACAGUCAAACUAUCAACCACCCCCGCGUCCCGACACAACAGCUCAAGAUGAAGCUCGUGCGCAAGCAGAAAGCGACAGAAAGCGACGAGACUGGUUAGACUUCGAGAGAUCCCACGAAGAACAAAUCCGACGAUCUCAGAAUAUCAUCAAACCCCUCGAAGCCGAAGUCGACCGUCUCAAUGCGACAAUUGAUAACAAUCGCACGAAACUAGCGAACGAUGUUCCGUACGCCUGGAAUUUCUUUGCAUUCUUGAGUAAGAGACUGAGUGAGCAGGAGAAGAGCGAGAUCAGGUUAGCCUCCAUCAACGCGGACAAUGCUAUUCGGAUCAAGCAGAUACCCCUAGAUAAAGCAAGAGCACAACUAAAGCAACUCGAAGACCAACUCACGCGGCGAAAGGUUCAAGAAGAUAAACGAAUAGCGGCUGAGAAGGCCCAUAAGGCGAGUAUGGAACGACUUGCAAGAGAAAGAGCCAAAGAAGCUCAACGACAAGAGUGGGCGAGACAACAGGCUGAGCGGAACAAAGCUGCUCAAGAAGCGGCAGAGCGUUUCCGGCAAGAGCAAGCGAAACAAGCAAGGGAAUCUGCAGAGCGCGAGAGAAAGGAACGUGCGGCCUGGGAAGCAAGAUUAACUGUAACCACAGACUUUGGUGGAACAAAGUUGAAGGUCAUCACAUCUGUGCGCACUGUACCCGAUCAUUAUUCAAGUUUGCAGAGCAAUGUCCUGGCUGCAAUACUAUAG